AUGGGCUUAGAUUUCCGGACGGCUGCGCAGUGUGCUGCGCUUCUGCUAUCCCUGCUGGGAUGGGUUUUGGCGUGCCUUACAAACUACUCGCCCCACUGGAAGACCCUCAACCUGGAACUGAACGAGAUGGAGAACUGGACCAUGGGGCUCUGGACAUCCUGCGUCAUCCAGGAGGAAGUGGGAAGGCAGUGCAAGGCCUUUGACUCCUUCCUGGCUUUGCCAGCCGAACUCCAGAGCUCCAGGAUCUUGAUGUCUCUGUCGAAUGGGCUGGGGCUGCUGGGGCUGCUGGCCUCUGGCUGUGGCCUGGACUGCUCGAGGCUUGGAGAGACACACAAGGGUCUGAAGAGGCGAUUGCUCAUCCUGGGAGGGCUCCUGCUCUGGACUUCGGGCGUGAUGGUCCUGGUUCCUGUCUCCUGGGUGGCCCACAUGACGGUUCAGGAGUUCUGGGAUGAGACCAUGCCUGAGAUUGUGCCCAGGUGGGAGUUUGGGGAGGCCCUCUUCCUGGGCUGGUUUGCUGGCUUCUGCCUUGUGCUAGGGGGGUGUCUGCUGCACUGUGCAGCCUGCUCAAGGCCAGCUCCUCCAGCCUCAGGCCACUAUGCAGUGGCAGGAUUACCAGACUGUCAGCAACUGGAGAUGAAACACGCCAACCCAGAAAUCUAAGCCCGAGGGACCAGUGGCCUCUCCACAAAAGGCGCUUGCUCCAGCUGGACUUGGUAGGAUCUCCUGCUAUAACCACCCCCACUCCCUGUGAUUUUGAUUUUCUGAAACGCAUUACUUCCUUUCUGUGACUGUUAACUUCUUCCAAUACCAUUUCUUUCUACCACUGAGUAAAGCAUUUCUGUUUUCUCUUUGGAGGCCAAAUGAAUCAGGACCUAUUGAUGUAAUCAGUCAUUAAUGAGCUUGAGCGCUUCAUCAACCUUUAAAAUAGGCUGUGACUGUACACACACAGGGAACAGGAAAUAAAGCAUUCUUUGAG